AUGUGUCAGAAUGCUCUUAUUGGCCGUAUAAUUCUCUCUAAAGGAGAAUCCCCUUGGAAACUUGUAGAUCUAAGGAAAAAAUUGACAGAUAUUUGGAGAAUUACUUCUAAUUGGAAAUUGAUAUCUCUAGGAAGGGGUUAUUACCAUGUGAUUUUAAAUUCUAUUUCGGAAAAGAAUUCAGUUUGGAGUAAUGGUGCUAUUAUGUUGAAACCGGUGAUUCUUCGUCUUCAGCAUUGGAGUCCGGAUUUUGAUUCUUCAGCUCAAAAAUCGACAAACACUCAGAUUGACAACGCGACGAAUGCCACAGAAUUUGGUCAUUAUGUUAGAGUCUUAAUUGACAUUGAUCUUUGUUCGACUCUUCUAGAUAAUCUUCUUAUAGAAACAGUAGGCAAGAAUUUCUUUAUUGAAGUGAUUUAUGAAAAUCUUCCACUUUUUUGUACAAGUUGUUCUAAUAUUGGUCAUCACCCCCGAGAUUGUCGACUAAAUAGAAAGCAGGCUGAGCAUGUUUCUAUUGAUAAACCUGCAGUUCAAGCAAAGAUUUGGAAACAAAAACAUCAAAAUAAUGAGGAUAUUCCUAUUGAACAUGUUUUCAAACAUUUACAGACUGGUAUAUGUUCCACCCCAGUUAAUUCUGUUCCAGAGCUAAACAAGGAGACAACAGUAGAACCACAUAAAAAAGCAGAAAUUGUCUCUGUAAGUGAAAAUUUAAAUAAGGUAGGGAAGCUUUUAACUGGUGAUUCUAGAACUGUAAUAUCAAAGGAGAUUUCUGUUCAUGAAGGUACGUUGAUUCCUCAGAGAUGGGAAGAUUUGGUUGAUUCAGAUUCUUCAAAGGAUACUUCAGAUAAUUUAAAUGCAAAUAUCGACAAAGGUUUUGAAACAGUUGGUUUUCAGGAUUGGUCAAAUAAUAUGCAAGAAGAAGAAUACUGGAUUACAGUUCAAAGAAAAAAUUCGGAACACCAGAAAAAAUUUAAGGUGGUCACCGUCGGAGAAGAUGGAGGUGCUGCCACCAGACAAGAGGAAGUGGUUGUUGUUAAGAAGGCAUAA